ACAACAAACUUGCAAAUAUUGUCUAUUAUUUGUCUUAUUAUUAUUAGCAAUGGCUUUUGUGUUGCCAACAUUCAUUUUGGCUCUUAUUUUAUUAUUCAUUUUCUAUGAGUUACUAAAUAUCAAAAACAAGAAAAAACUUCCUCCUGGUCCAAAAGGCAUUCCAAUAUUAGGACAUCUCCAUCUUUUAGGUGAAAAUCUCACUCAAGAUUUACACAAAUUUUCCCUAAAAUAUGGUCCUAUUAUCUACAUGAAAUUUGGAUUAGUACCAACUUAUGUUAUAUCUUCCCCUGAAUCAGCAGAAAAAAUUCUCAAAACUUAUGAUCAUACUUUUGCUAGUAGGCCUCAUAACGAGACUGCUCAAUACAUAUCGUAUGGCCAAAGGAAUUUGAUUUUCUCAAAGUAUGGCGCGUAUUGGCGUAACAUGAGAAAAUUGUGUACGGUCCAUUUGUUGAGUAACAUGAAGAUUAACUCAUUCCAAUCUACUAGAAGUGAAGAAAUUGCCAUUAUGAUCAAAUCGAUCAAAGAAAUAGCUCAAGGUCGUGUUGAUGUUGAUCUUAGUGCUCAAGUGUCGAAGUUGAGUGCCAACUUGAGUUGUUUGAUGGACAUGCUUGUGGCAUCAAUAGAUACAUCAUCAAGUUCAAUUGAAUGGAUGCUGUCAGAGCUUCUAAGAAAUCCAGACAUAAUGAAGAAACUCCAAAAAGAAUUAGAAGAAGUAGUAGGCCUAAACAGAAUGGUACAAGAAUCAGACUUAGAAAACUUAAAAUACUUAAACAUGGUAUUUAAAGAGUCAUUUAGGCUACAUGCUGCUGCCCCAUUACUACUUCAUGAAGCCAUGGAAGAUUGUAUGGUAGAUGAUUUCUAUAUCAAAAAAGGAUCACAAGUUAUUGUCAAUGCAUACACUAUUCAUAGGGAUCCUAAUUUUUGGACCGAUGCUGAUAAGUUUUUGCCAGAGAGAUUUCUUGAAAGUAACGUAGAUAUUCGUGGACGUGAUUAUCAACUUUUACCAUUUGGUUCUGGUAGAAGAAGUUGCCUCGGGAUGCAAUUGGCAUUAAUUAUUGUUCGUCUUGUGGUGGCACAAUUGGUUCAUUGCUUUGAUUGGGAACUCCCAAAUGAGAUGCAGCCUAAGGAUUUGGACAUGACUGAGCAAUUUGGUAUAGUUACAGGCAGGGCAAAUCAUUUAAUGGCUGUUCCAACUUAUAGGCUACAACACAGCUGAUUUUGGGAAAUUGAUUUUUAUACAUCUAGUUAUAAUAAUUUAUAUGAUCUUGUAUAAUAAAGUUUCUUUAGUGAUGUUGAUUGAUUACUUCUUUGUAUGCAAUAAAUAUGUUAUUGUUUUUGUUA